UCAUCAAAGUGAAAGUAGAAUCCAUCGGUUUAUAAGAGGAUUUUAAUGAAAACAGAAACCUCUUUACACUGUAUUUUUAAUGGAACCAGAUGGAAAUCCGCAUUAUGAGAAACUAUCCACAGAUAUGUUUCUACACAGACCAGAUCCUCCAGAACCCAGCUGUGUGUCCAUGAAGAGGCGACUGGUCAAUGGAUCAUCCACCUAGGCUUAGUGGACACAAUGAAAAGUCAAGACCAGAACCCAGCUGUGUGUCCAUGAAGAGCGACUGGUCAAUGGAUCAUCCACCUAGGCUUAGUGGACACACUGACCUUGGGUUUAGACCAGAUCCUCCAGAACCCAGCUGUGUGUCCAUGAAGAGCGACUGGUCAAUGGAUCAUCCACCUAGGCUUAGUGGACACACUGAAAAGUCAAGACCAGAACCCAGCUGUGUGUCCAUGAAGAGCGACUGGUCAAUGGAUCAUCCACCUAGGCUUAGUGGACACACUGACCUUGGGUUUAGACCAGAUCCUCCAGAACCCAGCUGUGUGUCCAUGAAGAGCGACUGGUCAAUGGAUCAUCCACCUAAACUUAGUGGACACAAUGAAAAGUCAAGUUCAGUCCAGAAGCACAGACCAGAGUCAUCUGAACCCAGCUGUGUGUCCAUGAAGAGCGACCGGUUAAUGGAUCCUCCACUGAACUUCAGAGGACACACUGGUCCUAGGUUUAGGCAUGACCAUGAACACGAGCCCCUCAAGUUAUUCAGAUCAAAUCUGCAGAGGAAGUUUGAGUGUCUGUGUGAGGGAACAGUGAGGCAGGGAAACCCAACACUGCUGAAUGAGAUCUACACAGAGCUGUACAUCACAGAGAGUGAGAGCGGAGAGAUCAAUAAUGAGCAUGAGGUGAGACAGAUUGAGACACAAUCCAGGAGAGCAGCAAGAGAGGACACAGCCAUCAAAUGCAGAGACAUCUUCAGACCUUUACCUGGACAAGACAAACCCAUCAGAACUGUGCUGACGAAGGGAGUCGCUGGCAUUGGAAAAACAGUCUCUGUGCAGAAGUUCAUCCUGGACUGGGCUGAAGGGAAAGAGAAUCAGGACGUCCAGCUCAUAUUUCCACUUCCUUUCAGAGAAAUCAAUCUGAUGAUGGACAAAACACUCAGUCUUUUGGAUUUAAUGCAUAUUUUCUUUCCUGAAACCAAAGAAAUGAAACCAUUCAGUGGUGAAUAUAAAGUGCUAUUCAUCUUUGAUGGUCUGGAUGAAUGCCGUCUUCCCUUAAACAACAGCAGUGAGACUCUACAGGAUGUGACCAAAGAGACAUCAGUGGACGUGCUGCUGAUGAACCUGAUUGAGGGGAAUCUGCUUCCCUCUGCUCUCAUCUGGAUCACCUCCAGACCAGCAGCAGCUGAUCUCGUCCCCUCUGAGUGUGUCCAUCGAGUGACCGAGGUACGAGGCUUCAGUGAUCCACAGAAGGAGGAAUACUUCAGGAAGAGGAUCAGAGAUCAGGGUCUGGCCGAGAGGAUCAUCUCACACCUGAAGUCAUCAAGGAGCCUCUUCAUCAUGUGCCACAUCCCUGUCUUCUGCUGGAUCUCAGCCACUGUUCUGGAGAAGAUGAUGAAGAAAUCAAGGAGAGGAGAGAUUCCCAAGACUCUCACUCAGAUGUACACACACUUCCUGAUCAUUCAGACCAACAUCAAACACGAGAAGGACUAUGAGAAGAACGUGAAGGAUGAAGACAUGAUCCUCAAACUGGGGAAACUGUCUUUCCAGCAGCUUGUGAAAGGUAACCUGAUCUUCUAUGAGGAAGACCUGAGAGAGUGUGGCAUUGAUGAGACUGAAGCAUCAAUGUACUCAGGAUUGUGCACUCAGAUCUUCAGAGAGGAGUUGGGCUUGUAUCAGGGGAAAGUCUUCUGCUUUGUUCAUCUGAGCAUUCAGGAGCAUCUCGCAGCUCUAUAUGUGCUGCUUUCGUUCCUGCUGGACAAGAGAGAUGUGCUCAAUGAAAGCCUCAGCUCAGAACAUUCACAUGAGUUCAUAUGUCACACAAUAUCUGACCUGCAUCAGAGAGCCGUGGACAAGGCUUUACAGAGUAAGAACGGACAUCUGGACCUUUUCCUCCGAUUUCUUCUGGGUCUCUCGCUGGAGUCCAAUCAGACACUUCUGAAAGCUCUUCUGACACAAAUUGUAAACAUCCCGUUCAUUAAGAAGAAAACAGUUGAGUACAUUAAAACAAGAAUAAAGAAGAAUCCCUCACCAGAGAAAUCCAUCAAUCUGUUCCACUGUUUAAAUGAACUCGGUGACCAGUCUCUCGUCAGUCAAGUCCAGAAGUAUCUCAGAUCUGGAGGUCUGUCAGGAGCCAAACUGUCCUCGACACAGUGGUCAGCUGUUAUCUUUGUUUUGUUGACCUCAGAGCAGUUGGAUCAAUUUGAUUUGAGUAAAUACAUAAGCAGAGACCAAGACCAAAACCACAUGACUCCUGAUAAACUUCUUCUGAAGCUCUUGCCUGUCGUUGAAGCCUCCAGAUCAGCAAAGUUGAUUCAGUGUGGCGUCACAGAUGAAGGUUGUGCUGCUCUGAGUUCAGCUCUGAGAUCAAACUCCUCACAGCUGAGAGAACUGGAUCUGUCUCUCAAUGAAAUAGGAGUUACAGGAGUGAAGCUGAUCUCUGAUGCACUGAAGGAUCCUCACUGUAAACUGGAGACACUGAGGUUGUGGGACUGUGGCGUCACAGCUGAAGGUUGUUCUGCUCUGAGUUCAGCUCUGAGAUCAAACUCCUCACAUCUGAGAGAACUGGAUCUGACUCACAAUAAAGUAGGAGUUACAGGAGUGAAGCUGAUCUCUGAUGCACUGAAGGAUCCUCACUGUAAACUGGAGACACUGAGGUUGUGGGACUGUGGCGUCACAGCUGAAGGUUGUUCUGCUCUGAGUUCAGCUCUGAGAUCAAACUCCUCACAGCUGAGAGAACUGGAUCUGUCUCACAAUAAAGUAGGAGUUACAGGAGUGAAGCUGAUCUCUGAUGGACUGAAGGAUCCUCACUGUAAACUGGAGACACUGAGGUUGUGGGAGUGUGGCGUCACAGAUGAAGGUUGUUCUGCUCUGAGUUCAGCUCUGAGAUCAAACUCCUCACAGCUGAGAGAACUGGAUCUGUCUCACAAUAAAGUAGGAGAUACAGGAGUGAAGCUGAUCUCUGAUGCACUGAAGGAUCCUCACUGUAAACUGGAGACACUGAGGUUGAUUGGUUGUGGUGUCACAGAUGAAGGUUGUUCUGCUCUGAGUUCAGCUCUGAGAUCAAACUCCUCACCGCUGAGAGAACUGGAUCUGUCAUGGAAUAAAGUAGGAGAUACAGGAGUGAAGCUGAUCUCUGAUGCACUGAAGGAUCCUCACUGUAAACUGGAGAAACUGAGGUUGAGUAAGUGUGGCGUCACAGAUGAAGGUUGUUUUGCUCUGAGUUCAGCUCUGAGAUCAAACUCCUCACAGCUGAGAGAACUGAGUCUGUCUCACAAUGAAAUAGGAGUUAAAGGUCUGAAGCUGAUCUCUGAUGCACUGAAGGAUCCUCACUGUAAACUGGAGACACUGAGGUUGUAUGAUUGUGGCGUCACAGAUGAAGGUUGUUCUGCUCUGAGUUCAGCUCUGAGAUCAAACUCCUCACAGCUGAGAGAACUGGAUCUGACUCUGAAUAAAGUAGGAGAUACAGGAGUGAAGCUGAUCUCUGAUGCACUGAAGGAUCCUCACUGUAAACUGGAGAAACUGAGGUUGAGUAAGUGUGGCGUCACAGAUGAAAGUUGUUCUGCUCUGAGUUCAGCUCUGAGAUCAAACUCCUCACAGCUGAGAGAACUGGAUCUGUCAUGGAAUAAAGUAGGAGAUACAGGAGUGAAGCUGAUCUCUGAUGUACUGAAGGAUCCUCACUGUAAACUGGAGACACUGAGGUUGAGUAAGUGUGGCGUCACAGAUGAAGGUUGUGCUGCUCUGAGUUCAGCUCUGAGAUCAAACUCCUCACAGCUGAGAGAACUGGAUCUGACUGGGAAUGAAGUAGGAGAUACAGGAGUGAAGCUGAUCUCUGAUGCACUGAAGGAUCCUCACUGUAAACUGGAGACACUGAGGUUGAGUGAGUGUGGCGUCACAGAUGAAGGUUGUGCUGCUCUGAGUUCAGCUCUGAGAUCAAACUCCUCACAGCUGAGAGAACUGGAUCUGACUGGGAAUGAAGUAGGAGAUACAGGAGUGAAGCUGAUCUCUGAUGCACUGAAGGAUCCUCACUGUAAACUGGAGACACUGAGGUUGAUUCAGUGUGGCGUCACAGAUGAAGGUUGUUUUGCUCUGAGUUCAGCUCUGAGAUCAAACUCCUCACAGCUGAGAGAACUGGAUCUGACUCUGAAUAAAGUAGGAGAUACAGGAGUGAAGCUGAUCUCUGAUGUACUGAAGGAUCCUCACUGUAAACUGGAGACACUGAGGUUGAGUAAGUGUGGCGUCACAGAUGAAGGUUGUUCUGCUCUGAGUUCAGCUCUGAGAUCAAACUCUUCACAGCUGAGUGAACUGGAUCUGACUGGGAAUGAAGUAGGAGAUACAGGAGUGAAGCUGAUCUCUGAUGCACUGAAGGAUCCUCACUGUAAACUGGAGACACUGAGGUUGUAUGGUUGUGGCAUCACAGAUGAAGGUUGUUCUGCUCUGAGUUCAGCUCUGAGAUCAAACUCUUCACCGCUGAGAGAACUGGAUCUGUCUGGGAAUGAAGUAGGAGUUACAGGAGUGAAGCUGAUCUCUGAUGCACUGAAGGAUCCUCACUGUAAACUGGAGAAACUGGGGUUGUGGGACUGUGACGUCACAGAUGAAGGUUGUUCUACUCUGAGUUCAGCUCUGAGAUCAAACUCCUCACAGCUGAGAGAACUGGAUCUGUUUGGGAAUAAUCUAGGACAGUCAAGUGUGACGCAGCUCUCUGCUUUAAAAGACGAUCCACGUUACAAACUGGAGACACUGAAGUUGUAAAUGAUGGAGAAUAUGGAUCAGGACAGACACAUUGAAUCCAACAGAUUCAUCAGAACUGAAGUCAGUGAUCAAGCGCUGAUGUGUGUGAGUUACAGGAGUUUACAGAGACAAAUCUGAAAAUGUGUAAAGGGUCUGCUUUUAUUUUUAUCUGCUCAAAAUAAAAACUCAAAGUUGCUGAAAAACAGGAUGCUCUUUCUGUGAUCCCUCCAAUCAAUGAUUUUUUUAUCUGGAGCGCAUCACAAAAAUGAACAAACAAAUAAAAUCUAACACUUUCCAUUGCUUCACACACGAGCUCUCCAGCAGAUCCUGAACCGUGAGGAAGAUCUCAGCUUUACCUCACAACAAGACUGUGACUGUGAUUGUGAAUGAGAGACAUGAUCCAGCAGAGGAUUUCUCAUGAGGAAAUCAUUUAGUCAUAAUUACAUUAGUUACCAUGUUAAAAUAUAGAUAAGCAUAUACAUGUUUUACUAGAUAUGCUAUUUCCGACCUUUCAUUGUCAUUUAGACAUUAUCACUGAACAGCAGAGGAUUUGUGAUAUUCAGAAUUAAAUAUAUUGUGUAAAAGACAACUUUUCAAUUUUCUGUAUGUUAUGAUAAAAUCUAAAUUGAGAUGUACAUAUACCAAUAAGUUUAGACUAUAUUUUGUUUCAUUCUGUAUUUCAUUCAAUGCAUUGUUUGAAGUAAAUCUUGUUACAAACGAUCCGUGUUCAAAAGUCUUGUGAUAAACAUGUUUAGUAUGUUUCAUGGCCUGAGUUUAAAAGCAAAUUUCUAACCAAAUAUUUUAUUUUUAUGAACUAAUAUUAUUGUUACACAAUUUGUUCUGAAUACUGUGUAAUGAGACUGAAGUCAUUAAUAAUAAUAUCUCAUAAACACAACCUGAGGGUUAAGAUCUGAUAUGUUCAAAACUCUCUUUAUGAUAUUUCUGAUGAUUAUAUUGUAUAUGAAUGUAAAUUUUUUGUACAUAUCACUUAUUAAACUCUUCCUCCACGUGAA